AUGGCGGCGGCCGUUAGCAAGUACAGUAGGUUCGCUUCCGCUUCUAGAAAACUGGGAAGUUUUCUGUUUAAAUCGGCAUUUAUCGUUCAGGCGGCGACGUGCGGCAGCAAAAUGGACUCGGAGAGACCAACGAAGCUGGAGUUUGCAGUUCAGAUGACAUGUGAAAGCUGUGCGCAGAAAGUCAGAGCUGCUCUGGAAGGAAAACCAGGAGUGAAGUCGGUCAGUAUUGAUGUCAGUAGGGAGGCGGUGCUGGUGGAAUCUGCCCUCACCAGUGCAGAAGUGCAGGCUCUGAUCGAGAGCACCGGACGCAGGGCGGUGCUGAAGGGCAUCGGGGGAUCAGAGCGAGACCUGGGUGCAGCCGUGGCCAUGCUGGCGGGUGUGGGAUCGAUUCAGGGGGUGGUGCGUUUCCUGCAGCUGUCCGAAGAGCGUUGUCUGAUUGAUGGGACCAUUGAUGGGUUGGAGCCCGGGCCCCACGGCCUCCAUGUCCACACCCUGGGGGAUCUCACACUAGAUUGCCUCAGUUGUGGAGAGCAUUUCAACCCCUUUGGGCGACGACACGGCGGUCCAGAGGACUCUGAAAGGCAUGUAGGUGAUCUGGGAAAUAUCGUCGCUGGACCAGAUGGCAGAGCCUCAUUUAGACUGGAGGACAGUCAGCUUAAGGUCUGGGAUGUGAUUGGUCGAUCCCUGGUGGUGGAUGCAGGGGAGGACGAUCUGGGGCAAGGCGGCCACCCUCUCUCCAAACAGACGGGAAACUCUGGUGACAGGUUGGCCUGUGGGAUCAUCGCCCGAUCAGCAGGCCUCUUCCAAAAUCCCAAACAGAUUUGUGCCUGCGACGGGGUCACGCUGUGGGAGGAGAGAGACCGGCCAAUAGCUGGGAAAGGUCGGAGCAAGACUAACCCAGAGACACCGGCGGCACACCUCUGAACCUCGGACACAAACACCGGCGGCAGCUCGAGCGGGGAGAGCGCGUUGAAGAGAAACGAAGAGGACGGUUUGUCGACAGAGGGUCAGAGCUGAAGUGAGGGAGACGUGGAGAGCACUGAGGGAUAUGUUUCCAGACAGCUGGACUGACGACCAAACAGAAACGGCCUUAAUUUCUCGAAUCACAAAAUCAAAUGCUCUUACUCCUCUGAGCGUUUUCGAUGCACUGAAGCAGGCGGGGGACUCUGUAGAAGUCACCUCUGAUCAGCUCCGUGAUUGUGCUGUAAACUGAUGCUCAUGAGAUUUGAUGCUUUUGUUUUACCGGUGCACACAAAUCCACUUCAUUUUAUUCUGAAAGUGUCCAAGUUAAUCACACACAAACAUUACAGCGAUAACAUCCUGCUGCUCUUAUCACUUAAGUCGGCGUUUGCCAACUCGGUGUGACUGUACACAAAGCAGUUCUUCAGCAGUUAUCAGAUGAUACAGUACGUGGAAGCAUUUUCAGUUUGGAUGAGUUUAAAGAAAAGUGUUUGAUACAAGACAUAUCCACAUACUUUUAGUUUUAUUAGAAGGUGGUGGGAUGCAGAUUAAGUUCACUGUGAGACCAAUACCCAUCUAGCAGAGAUGUUUCCACGAACCUGUGUCAGGAGGACACCGAGUACAGCAGCAGCAGAAAAGUCAAACUAUACAGUAAAAUAAAAGGUAAUCGAUAACUGGCUGAAGUAGAUCAUGAAAUUCCAGGAUCUCAGGUUUACACGUGAAGCACUUGAUGUUAUUUAGAAAAGUUGAGAACACAUAGUGGGAAGCUGCGCUAACAUUAGCUGCAUUUGGACCAACCAAACUCACCCCUCCUCCAGUUUGUUCAUCUUAAAUCCAUAAGGUGGUGUGAGCGUCUCGGGCAAGAGAUUAAAAAGAGCUCAGGAGGGAGAGUCAAAUUCCAUCUGGAGUGAAAGGGCAAGAGGGGGGAGGCCUGGAUGGACCGUGUGCUCAGCUGUUUUUUCAACAUGGAGCUGGAGUGUGGAGUUCCUUCGAUUGCUUCUGCGGCGACCUUACAGCGAGGGGAACUGAUAAUUCUUUGAUUUUCCUCCUUCCCUCUCUGAACUACUACCUGCCGCCACUCAGCAUAUUUUCCUUCUUGGCGAAGACGUCGAUACGGGGACAUGGUGUGGGCUGCGUCGGCCAUGUGAGAGCGUGGUGUAGCAAGUUUUGCAUUGAUUUUCCAAAUUGAGCAUCUGUCUUGUUCUGCUGAUGCCUGAAUAAGCUUAUUGGAUUUCCCCCCCAGAUGUUCAGUCGUCGUCCUUUUCCAUUUCGGUGUCUGGGCUGCGAUCGUGACCUGAUGGCUGCAUUUUUUAUUGCUUUUAUUGUCAAUAAUAUAUUGAUUUAUUUUGGAGAAAAUGCCAGAAUUCAGAUAUAUUUAAUUUCCAGUGAUAUAAAAUCGAGAAAAGCAGCGUUUUUUGGGGUGUUUUUGCUUCAGUCUUUCACUUGUAAUCUACGGCACUAUACCAUUUGAAUAAAACUGCACCUUAAGAUGA